CAGUCACAGAAAGCUUCCAAGCAUGGUUAAAUGACGAUCAGAGUUAGAAAGUGGGCAUCAGAGGCCAGUGUUGACCGGCACUAUGAGUGCUCUGCGCGCCUUUUUGGCGUUUCUCGCCUUCACCUCUGCGGCAGCAAAACCCAACGCUGGUUUGAAAACGUGGGGUCGUUUCAGUAAGCUGCCCUAUCCAGGAGACGAGGCUUUCCUCUACGAUACCUUCCCAAAGAACUUCAUAUGGGCGGUGGGCACGGCGGCGUACCAGGUGGAGGGCGCGUUCGACAAGGACGGCAAGGGGCUCUCCAUUUGGGACACUUUUACGCGCGGUGGGAACCGGAUGACCACCGGGGACGUCGGCAGCGACAGUUAUCACAACAUCCACGCCGACAUCCGUGCCAUCAGGCAGCUGGGGGUCAGCCACUACAGGUUCUCCCUGUCCUGGUCCAGGAUAUUUUCCAACGGCACGCGCGGGAGUUACAACGAAAUCGGCACCAACUACUACCGGACACUGAUCAAGAGGCUGAAGGAGAUCCGCGUGCAGCCGGUGAUCACGCUCUCCCACUGGGACCUGCCCGACCACCUGCAGCAGACCCUUGGCGGCUGGAGCAACCCGGAGCUGGUGGGGAUUUUCAAGGACUACGCUGAUUUCUGCUUCCAGACUUUCGGGGAUGAUGUGAAGUACUGGAUCACCAUUGAUAAUCCGUUUGUGGUGGCGUGGCACGGGUACGGCACCGGAGUGGUCGCUCCCGGGAUCAAGAACGACCCUGAUCUCCCAUUCCGGGUUGGACACAUUCUCCUAAAGGCUCAUGCAGCUGCGUGGCAUCUCUAUAACCGCCACUACCGACCCCGUCAGCAGGGCAAGGUGUCCAUGGCGCUGGCCUCUCACUGGAUCAAGCCCAGUCGCACCCGCUUGGAAAGCCUGCGAGAGUGCCAGUGCUCCCUGGACCACGUCCUGGGCUGGUUCGCCCGGCCUCUGUUCACAGACGGAGACUACCCUCCCUGCAUGAAGGCGAGGCUGGGCUCACGGCUGCCCUCCUUCACCCCGGAGGAGAGGGCGCAGGUGAGGGGGACGGCUGACUUCUUUGCCCUUUCUCACGGAGCGGCCCUGAGCUUCCAGUUCAUCAAUGACAGCCUGAAGUUUCGGCAGCAGGAGCUCCUGGACCUGAGGAUGCUGCUCUACUGGGUCAACGCUGAGUAUGACAAGCCGCCCAUCUUCGUGGUGCAGAGUGGCUGGUACGUCCUCGGCAAUACCAAGACAGAAGACCCAAAACACAUGUACUACCUCAAGAGGUUCAUCGCAGAGGCACUGAAAUCAAUCGUCAUAGACGGUGUGAACGUGAUUGGAUACACCGCCUGGUCUCUGAUGGACGGCUUCGAGUGGCACAGGGAAUACGGGAUACGACAGGGACUUUACUACGUUGACUUCAACACUCCUGACAUGAAGAGGGAGCCAAAGACAUCCGCCACCUUUUACAGAAACGUCAUCCAGAAGAACGGAUUCCCAGAGCUUCCAGAGAACAGACCAGCACAGGGAAUCUUCCCGUGUGAUUUUGCUUGGGGAGUAUCGGCCAACUCCAUACAGGUGGAGACCACGCCCAGCCAGUUUGCAGACCCCAGUGUUUACUUGUGGAACAUCUCCAACAACGGGGAGCUGAUGAGGCUGGAGGGCCUCAGUGCGCCACCUUUACGUCGAAACGCACACUGUGCUGAUUACGCCACCAUUCGGCAACAGGUGGAUGAAAUCCAGCAGGUGGGGGUAAACCACUUCCACUUCUCCCUCAACUGGUCCGCUGUGGUGCCUACAGGUGAUGUGGCUCAUCCCAACACCACCCUGCUGGGCUACUACCGCUGCUUCACCCGUCAGCUGCUGCAGGCCAAUGUCACUCCUGUGGUUACGCUGUGGCACCACACACGCCUGCGCAGCAGCCUGCCGGCACCCCUGGAUACCGCCAACAAGUGGCUGAACAGGAAGACUCCAGAGGCGUUUGCAGACUACGCCAGGCUUUGUUACAGAGAGCUGGGCGCCCAUGUGAAGAUAUGGAUCACCCUGAAUGAACCCAAUGAUGAGGUGGUGAGCUACCAGGAGGGUCAUCAGAUGCUGCGGGCGCACGCUCUGGCCUGGCAUGUUUAUGACCGCGAGUUCAGACACGCACAGGGAGGAAAGGUGUCUCUGGCUCUGCACAUGGACUGGGUGGAGCCGGCAUUUUCAUUCAGCCGCGAAGACGUCGAACCAGCCAAGAGGGUGUUAGACUUCCGUGUUGGCUGGUUUGCAGAGCCGGUCUUUGGCAGCGGGGACUAUCCUCUGGGCAUGAGGAGCUGGCUGCGUCAGCUCAACUCACUUGACCUGCCUGUGUUCAAUGAGGAGGACAGACAGCUGGUUAAAGGGACGUAUGACUUCUUUGCCAUCAGUCACUUCAGUACCAAGUUGGUGACACAUGCCAAGGAAGACUCGUACACCUACACAGCCAUGCUCGAGGUCCAGCACAUGAUAGACACCACUUGGAUCAAGUCCCCGAGGCCUGUUGUUCCCUGGGGUCUGAGGAAAGCACUCAACUGGGUGAGGGAGCACUACAGUGACGUACCUGUGUAUGUGAUGGCUAACGGGGUCCAGGAAGACCCAGCGCGCUUCAAAGACAGCCUCAGAGUCUACUACCUGUACAACUACAUCAACGAGGCGCUGAAAGCGUACAUUCUGGACGGCGUAAACCUGAAGGGUUACUUCGCUUACGCCCUGAGUGACCAAAGGGACCCUGGGUUCGGCCUGUACGGCCACGUCCAUGAAGAGGUCAUCAUCAUCAAGGCCUCUCUCUCCAACUAUCGCAACAUUAUCGAGCACAACGGCUUCCCCAUUCAGGGAGCAGCGCCCCAGCAGUGUCCCAGCAUGACUCAGCCCUGCCUCGGCUGCCAUGUGCUGGUCAAGAGGCCUGUGGUGGGCUUCUUGACUCUGGUAGGUUCAGGGGUGCUGAUCACCCUGGGCCUCAUCAUCUACUACACAGCCAAGAGACAAAAGGAGUGUUACUGAGGUUUUUUCUUUUUAUAAAUGAAUCAAGGAAAAAAUAACUGAGCUUGUUGGGCCUCAUUCACCAAGAUCUUCCUAAGUUUGUUCUUAAAUUUGUUUUUGAGAAAGGUCCUAAGAAAAGUCAGUGUCAGAUUCAUGACAUGUUCUUAAACCACAGAACUGUGGGCUGCAGGGCUGUCUGCGCACACAGAAAGUGGAAAGAAAAGUUGAGAACAUUAAGUCAUGAAUGCCCAAAGGAAAAUCUAGAGAGGGUGGAGCACCAGACUCCAAACAUAAAACAAAACUAUUUAAAUAGUUCUGAGGUGUUGGUCCUUCUGCAGGAAGUGAACGCCAAAUGAGCUGUCAUAUUUCCUGUGAAAGUCUUUAUCAGUAGUGGAUUUGAAAUAACACAAAAUGCUUUUACUCGUUCAGUGAACACUGUAUCUGGAGAUGGCGGUACAACUGAUGAGAUUUAGAAAAAUUAUUGCUAAACACAGAAGAAAGACGCUGACCAUUGGAGGUUGACAGGCUUGCCCUCGUACCUCUCUACAAAUAGAUUAACAUGGUCCCGGAGGAUGUGUUACCUCCUUAUGGCACGAUAUGCAUCAUCUUGCAGCAGCAGUAACUAUGAGGGAUAAAUAAGUACACCAUUAUCUGUAUCUGUUUAACCUACUAGAUUAUCUGUAUCUUGGAAUGGGCGGGGCUAUGGCAGAAGUGGGUGUGGUUUAAAUCGAACAUGGGUUGGGCCUAAUCAGAAAUCAUUAUUUUAUGCCUGAAAGUUAUAUGAAUUAACCACAAGUUGCAAUAUUCCUUAAAUAGAUGUAAGUUAAUGAAUUAAACACAUCUACCAAAUGGAGGGUUUUCCAUUUUCAUGAGUGCAGAUAGACACAUUUCACUUGUAUGAUACUCAUACCCGCAAAAAGUACAUUAUCUGUACCAGGUACUUGUUUCGUCCGAGUAUUCGGCUCAACCUUAUAAAAUAUGCCAUCGUGCCAGGGGGCCUACAGUGCAGAAAUAGGCCUACUUUGUACCUAUAAAUAACGUGUUCAGUCACUUAUUAUUGGAUAGCAUGGUGCCCAGUUAAUUUAGAUGAAGUUUUGAUGUGUUAGCCAAGUGUUUAUUUGAAUUAAAAGCCAAAGCUUUGUAAAAUAAUUAAGAAAUUAUAGAAAUAUUAGUUUAAAUGAUAAAAAGUCAUUUCAAUUUUAUGAUAUUAUACAACUGUGGAAUUGAAGAAAACACAAUAAGCACUUAUUUUGCACAAACAUACCUGUUCUCAAAUAUGCACAAGUGUGCUCAUGAGUGUGUGUAGAUUCUGUUCUUACCUCAUAACAAAUCCCAAAUAAAAAAAACAUUCCUGUGUCAGAAUCUUAAUGAAAACUGCACAAGUGGGUUUUAAGAAGAGAUUUCCUCAUAAGAACGGCUGGUGAAUGAGGCCCAUCGUUCAGCAGCGUGGAGUUCAGUCUAUACCCGAAAUUAUCGCACUUCUUUUGACCUUUAUAAUAAUUGAAGUCUUAAUAAUAAAUGUGGUGCAAUUAUCUUCACAUUUUAGGUGUUACAACUGUUAUUAAACAUUAUGUAAAGUUUGUUACCAAACCUGUGAGGCACCCUAACAGUCGAUAAAAGCUUAUCAGUCCCAGAUGACUGUGUAUAUUUAGUGUUCGGGCAGCUAAGAUGCCAGGACACUAUUGUAAUCCUAGGUAUUCUUCUUCUUCUUCUUCUUCUUCUUCUUCUUCUUCUUCUUCUUCUUCUUCUUCUUCUUCUUCUUCUGAGGAAAUCAUACUUC